CAUAGAAAUUACCUUGUUAAGAUGAAACUCUGCUGCAGAAAGAGAAUAGACUUGACAGCCUCCUUACAACAGGUUGGUCAUCUUGUAGCUAUGAUGAAUGGCCUUUACAAGUUUCUGCUUUUUCAUGUUCUGGCAUUUCUCGGACGAAACGAACUUGGGAGUGCAAUCAUAGGUGGGAGAAAAGCCCCAGAUAAGUCAAUGCGGUACAUGGCCUCGGUGCAGAACAAGGAAAACCAGCAUUUAUGUGGAGGAUUCCUUGUCUGUAAGGACUUGGUGAUCACUGUUGCGCACUGUAAAAUGACACCGAAGGAUACAAAUGUUGUUCUUGGCAGCCACAAUCUCAAAAAGAUGGUGAAAACAACUAAAUACGUUGAUGAUAUCAUCAAACACCCAUCCUAUGACAGUAGCACAAAUGCGAAUGACAUCAUGUUCCUCAAACUGGGUGGACAAGAUAACAACUUCACUGAAGAACAACCAAUUGGUCUUCCAACUUCUGAAACAAACAUCAUGGAAAAUUGCAGUGUCGCAGGAUGGGGUGUGACUGAAAGUGGUAAAGCUCCAGUUGACGACCUGAGGGUGGUGGAUGUGUCUGUCACCAGCUGUGGCGUCGUUAAGAGGGAACGGUCAGGUCUUCCUCCCAAUGUUAUCUGUGCAGACAAACAUUUACUCAAGGGGGAUUUCGGUGGUCCCCUGGUGUGCAACGGGAUGGCAGUUGGUGUCGCAUCUUUCUGCAAAAUGGGAGACUGUAAAUCCUCAGACAUCUACUCGGAUAUCUCAAAGAGUCUUACCUGGAUCAAGGGCGUUCUAAAACAAAACGGUUGUUAAAUCUUACACAAAGCUCUGUUUCAGCAUACUUUAAUUGUAUUUUGGAGGGGAAGUUGUGUAGGGUUUUUUAACCUGCAAUGAGAAUGUUUUGGUGCAUAGGAGUUUUAGACAGACACAAAGGAAAAUCAAAGAUUUGGGAAUCGAUAUAGCAAUUCAAAUACUCUCUAAAUGGGUUUAAGAAUAAUUUAAAAAUUAAAAUCAAACAACCGUCGAACAAGCAGAACAUCACCUUGAAUAUGAGAUUCUGGCUGUACCGGACACUCACCAUGAUUUAUUAAAAUAUUGAUAUCAUUCUUUUAAACCCAGUUUUGUUAAUUGGGGUUUUAUUUACUCAAGCAUAAUAUACAUUUUUGAAUCAAAUUGUCAUAUAACAUAUAACAGGCCAUAUAACAGGCAAAUGCAUGUAGAUUUCAUGCAGACAUGCAUGUAGAUUUCUGUCAAAUGAGGUAACAGACUCAUUGCCUUUACUGUACACAAUCAGGUCAUCUGUAUACGUCUGAGUGGCUCUGUCGGUGUUUGCUCUUUAACGGAAAGGCAAAAUAAAUAAACAAAUUUCUCAACAAA